CCGAGGACAAGAUUCUGAACUGCUCUUGACGUUCUCAAAAUCUCCCCUUAUCGAACACUUUUCAGUAGAUUACGAUGCAGACCUUCUCCCAACAGUUUUCAACUUUGGGUGGCCCCGAUACCACACCCAUGGAGAUCAUGAAAGUGCCCGAUCUCGCCCAAGCCGUGAUUGAACACUCGUUUUGCCGCAGAUGCUUUACUUCUAAAUGUGACCUACCUGAUGGAACGGCUCACAUACUUAGCCACGCGUCGCACGGGCAGUUCUUCCACUGUGGAGCGUCAGUAUCUUAUCCCCAUUCACUGGUUUGGCUUAUUCCAGAUUGUCAAAAUAUGAGUAGUCGGCUUGGGAAUGAUGCAUUUCAAUGCAUAUCGAGGUUGUUCCAAUCUCCGUGCAAGCGUACCGCACGAGACGCACUGGGGGAAGUGCUUUGACAAUUAUGUGGCGGGGGAUUGGUCAUUGGAGACUACUGCAAAACUGGUCGAUGCGCUCAAUUCGUAUCUGAGCACCAAGAAUAUCCCGGACUUUGAACGAAGACCCGAUGCAUUAAUGAGGAUGCGUAUAACCGUUCUUUGUUGCAUACAGCGUGGCUUCCAAUACAUGCUCUUCUUCGUUGAGGAUAGACACGAAUCUUCCAUUCGUAUCAAUGUCGAUCUUGGGCUACGCCGCUUUAUUGAUCGGACCCGUCUUACGAGCCAUUGCAUAACGUAAAUCCGUGGCGUACGAGAUUUAUGACAUCAUGGACCAUACAGUUCUAUUCCGCUUGCUGCAUAGCUGCAGUGUAAAUUACGUAGUCCUGAACUUAUCAGAGUAUGCGG